CCGCGACUCACUGACGCCAGGCCGAGCACAACCGAGAGACGCACACUGUGGAACACACACAGGAACAGCCGCGCGCUCCACGGGAAAGGAAAUCCAAUCUGCUGCCGGCUUUACUGUCAGAGAGAGAUGCAUCUUCACCCGUGACUCAUUAGGGACAAAAGGAUCUGCAUCGCCAUUGGACGCUUCCUCCUUUGCUUAAGCGUGGACUCUAUACCUCCACACUCGGACUAGCAGAGGGGAGGUGACCAGACCCACCACGAUGAACGUCACCUCGCUUUUCUCCUUCACCAGCCCGGCGGUCAAGAGGCUGCUGGGCUGGAAGCAGGGCGACGAAGAGGAGAAGUGGGCGGAGAAGGCCGUGGACGCUCUGGUGAAGAAGCUGAAGAAAAAGAAAGGAGCUAUGGAGGAGCUGGAGAGAGCCCUGAGCUGCCCGGGACAGCCCAGUAACUGUGUGACCAUCCCGCGCUCUCUGGACGGGCGGCUGCAGGUGUCCCACAGGAAGGGGCUGCCUCACGUCAUCUACUGUCGCGUGUGGCGCUGGCCCGACCUCCAGUCCCACCACGAGCUCAAGGCCCUGGAGUGCUGCGAGUACCCCUUUGGGUCCAAGCAGAAGGACGUGUGCAUCAACCCGUACCAUUACAAAAGAGUGGACAGUCCAGUGCUGCCUCCAGUGUUGGUACCACGAAACAGCGAGUUCAACGCCAAGCAUACGAUGUUGCCUCGCUUCCGCAAUCCUCUCCAACAGAAUGAGCCCCACAUGCCACAGAACGCCACUUUCCCAGAAUCCUUUGCUCAGACCAACACAAUGCCUUUCCCCCAGUCGCCGGGUAACAGCUAUCCAAACUCACCGGGAAGCGGCAGCAGCGCCACUUUUCCUCACUCUCCAUCCAGCUCCGAUCCAGGCAGUCCAUUCCAGAUGCCAGAGACCCCCCCUCCUGCCUACAUGCCCCCCGAGGAGCAGAUGACUCAGGAUUGUCCCCAGCCGAUGGACACAAACCUCCUGGCUCCUCCUUUGCCCCUAGAGACGAACAAUCGCUCCUCAGAUGUGCAGCCUGUGGCCUACGAAGAACCCAAACACUGGUGCUCCAUUGUUUACUAUGAGCUCAACAACCGUGUCGGGGAGGCGUUCCAGGCCUCCUCCACCAGCGUGCUCGUCGAUGGCUUCACGGAUCCCUCCAAUAACCGCAACCGAUUCUGUCUGGGCCUCCUGUCCAACGUCAACCGCAACUCCACCAUCGAGAACACCCGGAGGCACAUUGGGAAAGGUGUGCAUCUGUAUUACGUCGGAGGGGAGGUGUACGCUGAGUGUCUGAGUGACAGCAGUAUCUUCGUCCAGAGCCGUAACUGUAACUACCACCACGGCUUCCACCCCACCACCGUGUGCAAGAUCCCCAGCGGCUGCAGCCUCAAGAUCUUCAACAACCAGGAGUUUGCCGAGCUGCUCGCCCAGUCUGUCAAUCACGGCUUUGAGGCUGUGUACGAACUCACCAAGAUGUGCACCAUCCGCAUGAGCUUUGUAAAGGGUUGGGGAGCAGAGUACCACCGCCAGGAUGUGACCAGCACCCCCUGCUGGAUUGAGAUCCACCUCCACGGCCCUUUGCAGUGGCUGGAUAAAGUUCUAACCCAGAUGGGCUCCCCUCACAACCCGAUUUCCUCCGUGUCCUAGGCUUUACUCUCCUUCGCCCUUGUGGCUGUCCAUACCCCAGCAUUUUGGUUAACGUAGCAAGAAAUCAGGCUAGCUGGUCCCAGGCUGGUUUGUGCUUCGGUCAGGAGAUAUUUGGAAUGAACCACAAGCUGAUCUGGGACCUGUACGGUUUGUCCCACCACGCUGUUAAAUGUUUUGGGUUGGCCUUGUACUUGAAGGAUGUCUGAAUUAGGCACAUUAUAGUCUGGGAGAGGAAUACAAGCAACAAGAGCGUGAUGCAACUGGAAGAUACUUGAUCUCUGUGACCAACUGUAAUAAUUAGACCAUCACACUCAUUAGGAUGCGACUCUUCUCCCAAAUCUCUCCCCCUCUUGUUCAUCUAUAAUUCUGACUCUUGCGAUGUUACGUCCAUAUUGUUCCUUUAAAUCUCAAGAUGCAUUCAUGUGUAGGAAGAUUAUGGGACAUUCCAAGUCACUGAGAUGGUUGGAUGCAACAAUGCUGAAGAAAGCAAAGACUGGGAGCAUGACCAGCACGACUAAAGUGAAGAUCGCUAAAAACAAGAAACUUUUCAUCAGUCAAAUGAAAUUCCGUACCAUAAAUUUUAAAAAGGGGUAGAGUUUGGGUGGGUUUUUAAAUGGGGCAUGGCACUAAAGGGCAUUUCAGACUAGUCAACAAAGUAUUGUAUAGUAGUUAUGUUACUCUCGUGUCCAAAAGACUUUAAACAGGAGAAUAAUGUUGUCUGGAUAUACUCACUAGAAUAUGUGCUGUGCAUUCUGGUUUUGCAAGGCAUAGUUUGGUAAAUGUAGUGUUACGAAUUUAAACCGUAGCUGAACACCAAGCAGAGGCAAACGAGUACACUCCAGUUUGUCCAUUGUUGUACAGCAAAUAUGUCACAUUUAGGACAGAAAUAUUUCACAAUGAGUAUGUUGUUUUUUUUUCAUUAAUCACAUUGACUGAGCAAAAACUGACUGUUAAGGAAAAACCCCAUGAGCAUUUAGUGUUAUUGAUAAAAACAGUUACUGAUGUCCAGAUGUGAUUUGUUGUUUUUUUAUAUAAAGUGUAAAUGCAGAUGUUGCCAUUUCAUUCUUUGUUUGCUUUGAACAGUCCUAUUUGCUAUCAAACUCGUCACAUUCUUUUUGUAUUUUUGAAUGCUUUCUUUUUAAUCCUUUGCACUUUUACAUAUUGCUCUGUUUUUGUCCCUAUGUUUUUGUUGUGUUGGCUCAACAAAACACUCAGAAAUAGGGCUGGGCGACAUGGCGAUAAAAAUCGAAUCGUGAUAAUCUGCUUUUUUGGUCAAAUCAUCAGAUCGUGAUUCACUAUGUCUGUGAGUGGCAGCUGGAUUUAAUCAAUCAAUGAAGUGUGAACUUUUAUAAGAAGCAGAUUUUAUUUACCUCCUAAGGGCAUUAGAAAAGUUAAGUAAAUGAAUCAUGAUAAAAUCGAAAUUGUGAUCUGGCUAAGAAAAUCGUGAUAUGAAUUGUUUGUCACAUUGCCCAGCCCUACCCACAAAUAGCUGUUUUAUUCCAUGAAUAUGUCAUGUCUCUACUGGAAAAAUAAAUACAUUUGUUUCAUUACAUAAA